ACAAAACGCGUCAUUCGUUUUGUAUUACAGUAGAAAGGAUCUCAGAGAUUUGUCUGAUGCAUCGUGUCGUUUCUGAAGAGGAGCAAUCUCCAAAGAUGAACAUUUGUCCCCAAUCCACAGCGCAUCAGUAUACAUCAGCCAAGAAACCUCUGCUUUGCUCUCACCGAAGCACUGCCACCGUCCAUCGGCGAUCACGCGGUCCAGUUUUCUCCUGAUCGACAUAUAAGACGACAUUUGUUUGAGCCAGACAUCGCAGUACGCACCGCACGACAUAGGAACGCACGCCGGCCGGCCGGCCAAUGUGUCCCACCGGCACCACCGUCGCGAUGACCGCGGCCGGCACCGACGACACCACCCUCGCGAAGCUUCAUGCCUCUCGAGCGGCGAUCAUGUCGGUGCUUGCCACCGCGACCGAGGCCGAAGCCGCCAUUGAAGCGGCCGGCGACCGCAUCGGCGACCUCCUGUCCAGCUCCUCGCCGUCGUCCUCCUCCAAGCUCCAGUCCAAGUCCGUGGCGACGAGCGCCCUGCGCGCGCGCAUUGACCGUGCCGUAGCCCCCGCCGAGCCGCUCCUCGCGUCGCUGCGCCUCGUGUCCUCCCUGGCGGGGGAGGCCUCGCAGCUCCCGGCGAACCCGGCCGACACCGAGAGCGCCGUCGCCUUUGUCGACCGCGUGGACCAGCUGCGGGACGCCAUCGAGGAGGCGGUGGCGCGAGGGGACGAGGCCGUUCGGAGGGUGGAGGAGGCGGUGGGAUUCCUCGGCCGCACCACGAGCAAGGCCGCUGGGCGCGGCCGCGUGCGGCGGCUGACGGAGGCGGCGUCCGCUCUGCGCGCCGUGUACGAGACGGAGGCCGAGGCGAUGCGCUUCGAGGGCCCGCUCGACGAGGCCCUGCUCGGCCUACAGGACCUCUUCGAGGCGGUCCUGCUCAGGCUCAAGCACGCCACGCCUGCGGACGAUGCCGGCGACACGGAGGAGUACGAGCUCGGCACUGACGACGAGGUGGACGCCGCCGCGAGGAUGGCCAAGACGCUGGCCGGCAACGACUGCCUGGACAUCUGCGUGGACAUCUACGUGAAGGCGAGGUACAGGAGGGCGGCCAAGGCGAUGAUGCGGCUGGACCCGGCGUACCUCAAGGUGUACACGGCGGAGGCCAUCGACGGCAUGGAGUGGGAGGCGCUGGAGUCGGCCAUGGCGCUGUGGAGCCCGCACUUCCACGUGGCCAUCGCGUCCGUGCUCACCGCGGAGCGCCGGCUGUGCGCGCGCGUGCUGGCGCACCUCCCGCCGACGGUCUGGCCCGAGUGCUUCGCCAAGAUCGCGGCGCGCAUCGUGGCCGCGUUCUUCCGCUUCGCCGACGGCGUGGCCGCGGCCGCGCGCGAGCCGCAGAGGCUGUUCAAGCUGCUGGACAUGGUCGACGCGGUGGGCCGCGAGAGGGGGCGCCUGGACGCGCUCUUCUCCGGCGAGUCGGCCACGCUGGUCGCCAUCCGCGAGCGCACGCGCGAGGUGGAGCGCGCCCUCGCGCGCGCCGCCGCCGCCGUGUUCUACGAGUUCGGGCUCCGCGUGGAGACGCACUACAUCGCGGGGGCCGACGCCGUGCAGGUGCCCAAGAUCGUCCGCUACGCCGUGAACUACCUCAAGUGCCUCGCGUCCGACGACUACCGCGGGCUCAUGGACACCGCCCUUCGCGCCGAGCGGGAGCGCGGCGGCGACGGGAACGACGGAGAUGAAGCCGUAGCGGAGAGAGGAGGGAGCAGCGCGGCACUAGCGGAGGCGGUGUCGAACGUGCUGGAGGCGCUGCAGCGGCACGUGGAGGCGGCGCGCAGGGUGUGCGCGGACGCGGCGACGGCGCACGUCAUGGCCAUGAAUGCAUACUGGUACAUCUACAUGCGCGCCCGGGGCACCGAGCUGGCGAAGCUGAUCGGGGAGGAGGCCAUGAAGCGGCGGUACAAGGCGGCGGCCGAGGAGGCGGCGUGGGAGUACCAGGACGUCGCGUGGAACCCGAUCGUCCGGCGCCUAGGUGGCAGCGGCGGCAAGACGUGGCCGCCGGAGGAGGCGCGGGAGAAGGCGGGCGCGUUCGCCGGCGCGCUGGAGGAGAGGGUGAGGAAACACGGCGCGGAGUACAAGAUCCCGGACGGCGACCUCCGGGCGCAGAUCAGGGUGGCGGUGACCAAGUCGGUGCGCGGCGCCUACGCCGGGUUCAUGAAGGCGAACGAGAGCGCGGUGGCCGGCCGGAGACGGGAGUUUCUGCCGGUGGACGUGAUCGAGAGCAUGGUGGGUCGCGUGUUCGACGAGAUGGGCGACGGUGAGGUCGGCAGCGUCGGCCGGACGAGGAGCAGCGGCCGGGCACGGCGGGACAGCGGCAAUGUCGAGGGGUUCGAGGCUAACUGAAAUUUCCGCGCGAACAUCAUGGAUUGGCCGCGCCAAUGCAUCAAGCCAGCAACCACUCGAUCAGCAGUCCAAUUUCAGCGUGAAAUAAAUUUUUGGCAUGAAUGUUCUUGUAAUUA